GAGAAACUGAUAAUGAACUGUCCAGGAUGUGAGGCUACAAGAUGGCCCGGAGGGCAAGUACCAGCGGCUCGCAGGGUCUUUCGAUUACGAAUGGUGACAGUGGCACCCGCCGCGUUUCUCGCUAUCACCUGCAUCGCCAGUGUCGGUGUUACCUUGGCGCUCGCUUUUCUGGCCUUUAAUCUUCACUUUCGCAAGCACAAAAGCAUAAAACUUUCAAGCCCGAGGCUGAAUAAUAUGGCAGCCGUUGGCUGCGGCCUGGUCUACGGUGCUGUUAUACUUUUGGGACUGGACGACGCCACGCUUCCUGACAGCGAUGGUUAUUAUCCUACGGUGUGCAAGGCGAGAGUAUAUCUACUAUCGGCUGGCUUCUCCCUAGCUUUUGGCUCGAUGUUCACGAAGACUUAUCGGGUACACAGAAUCUUCACCAGAAGCCGGAGCGGAGUCGUUAAGAACAAGCUGCUCCAGGAUACGCAGCUGAUAUUCUUGAUCUGCAUGCUCCUGGUGAUCGACGUCGUCGUAGUGACCCUAUGGGUAAUUUUGGACCCGAUGCAACGUCACCUACAAAAUCUUACCCUAGAAAUAAGCCCACAGGACCGAGGGGUCGUCUAUCAGCCUCAGGUGGAGGUAUGCCGUUCGCAGCAUACGAACGGCUGGUUAAGCGCUCUCUACGUUUACAAAGGUUUAUUACUCGUAGUCGGAGUCUACAUGGCCUGGGAAACAAGGCACGUAAAAAUUCCAGCCCUAAACGACUCGCAAUACAUCGGUAUGAGCGUGUAUUUCGUGGUAAUCACGUCGGGUAUCGUCGUAGUGCUAGCCAAUCUGAUGCCCGAUCGCGCGACCCUGGCCUUUGUCACGAUCACUGCCCUGAUUCUGGCCUCGACUACGGCGACCCUGACGCUCCUCUUCUUGCCCCAAUUGGCAAAUAUCCUGGCGGGAGAGAGACCCGACCCGGUCGUGCAAAGUUUUGGUCUCAAGAUCGAAUGCAACACACGUAGAUUCGUCACCGACGACAGAAGGGAGCUACAAUAUCGUGUGGAGGUGCAAAACCGAGUUUAUCGUCGUGAGAUGGCACAGCUGGAAUUGGAAUUGGCUAGAUUGGAGAAACAGCUGGCACAGGAGCCAGUAGAACCGUCACACACCUCAUCAAGCGCCUCGAUCCCACAACGAAAUCCAAGUAUUGGAGGCGGUUUACCUCUUUUGUUGCUCAGUGUUCUACCGCCGGUUAUCCCCCGAGCUAGCUGGCCUUCCGCAGAUUCGUCCGGCAUACGUCGCGGUACCGUAGCAUUUAGCAGUCAACCGGAUCUGGAGCCCGGCGAUCCCAGACAAAGCCUGGCCGACCUUUACAAGCUACACCGUCGCCGGGAGACCGAGGGUCCAAAUCGGCUGGGCGUUUUUCAACGACUCUUCAGUCUCUUCGGCAGCAGACCGAGUAGCAGAAAGACCUCCACAGCAUCGUUCACCGGAGUUGCAUCAGCGCUUCGAGUCCAUAUGGGCUACAUCGCUGGUUUAGUGCCCGGCGCGAAAGCUGCCUCUACUUGCCAAGUCGAUGCCCAAGGCACUCAUUCGCCUCAUACACGAUGCGGUUCAGGACCAAUAAUUAGCAUUACUAGCGAGGAAGACCGUAGGUUAAGCCUAGUAGGACUACGUCGCAAGGAAAGUAGCGAGCCUAAAGUAAAUUUCAGUCUACCGCCACAGACGAGCACGAGUCAGUCAUCUUCUCGAGAAAAAAUACGGGGCUCACCUCGGUUUCCUCAUCGAAUAAUUCCAGCGAACAGUUUAAGCGCUAUUGCACAAGGUACAUCAAUUACGAGACCGCAUCGUUGGCAUUCGAUGGAUGAUGCGACGAAACCGAAGAUUACCCAAACAACAACUCGUGGUUCGUGCAGUCCCAACUCCGACGUGUGGACCGCAAGCGAGGUCAAGGUUUCUUUCAGCGAGGCCAAUACUGUCAGAGUCAAGAAACCACCGGAUUCUUUAGUCUUAACUAUCCCCGUAGAUUCAAAGAUGAGUCCAAUCGAUACAAGACUGGGCAGCGAUCUGAGAAAGCUAUUCAGAGAAAACGACAGCGAAGAGGCAGUCAGUCCCGCCGAAUAUGAACUGAAGGCGAUACAGUCGAGUUCGUCGUCCUCUUCGUCCAUGAAGAUAAUCGGUGAUUCUGCAUCCUUAAAGAACGAUUCCACCUCAGAGACUCGAUACGAUAUCGUACCGAACUUCCGUCAAGAAUCAAAGCCUCGUCCAACGAGCCCAAUGAUCUCGGUAAUCGAUAUGGAUAAUCCAGGGGAGGAAUCGAAUACUGAUGUCGACAGUAAUGUCGGUACUUCCUGCGAAGAGAAGCGAUCGACUCCUGUAACGUAAAAUAUUGUGCAUGUGACAAUUUCGUCUAAGUGAUAUAAAGUGUAUUAAAGUUUAAGAGAGAGAAAAGAUAUACGAGGGAGGAACUUACGUUGAUUUUCUCGUGUUCUAUUUGCAACAUCUAAUAUUUCGAAGUCCUUUCGAAAGUGGGGCAGCAAUUCUAUCAAAAUUCCUAAUUACCGUAGCCGCUUAGACAAUCUAACACGAAUUGAAAAUUUCUAUUUAAAUGUUUCGUGUGAUAGACGAAGGAAAAUUAUCAUGCAGCGUGAUAAAGAGAUAAUUAAAGUAAUUAGGGGCGCAUUAUGUACUAGGAUUUUCGUAACAG